CCGAAGUCGUCUUCUUACUCUUCCCACUCGCUUGCCCCACUUCCGAUCCCGUCGAUUCACCUCACCUCACCACCGGCAUACCAUGGGGCCCACGGGUCAGAGAUCACCGCUCCCGAUCCUCCUCCUCCUGGCCGUCGCCGCCGCCGCCGCCGCCGCCGCUUCGCCGGAGGACGGGAGCCUCCUGCGCCUCCCCUCCUCCUCCCUGCGGCACCUUGCCCCGAGGUCCCCUCGCUCCGCCGCCGCUGACCUCAUCCGCGCCCUCAACCUCCACCCAGCCGACGACGCCUCCCCUCCCCGCCACCCGGCCGACGGCUCCCCCGAGCCCGCGGGUACCCUCGUCGAGAGGCCCAUCCGCCUCGCGUCCCUCGCGGACGGCGGCGUGGGCGGGGCCUCGUCGGCGAAGGACCUCGGGCACCACGCCGGUUACUACCGCCUCCCCAAGACCCACGACGCCAGGUUGUUCUACUUCUUCUUCGAGUCUAGGGGGCACAAGGACGACCCAGUGGUGAUCUGGCUGACAGGUGGGCCUGGAUGCAGCAGCGAGCUCGCGCUCUUCUACGAGAACGGCCCCUUUCACAUUGCGGGCAACUUGUCGCUCGUCUGGAAUGAUUUCGGUUGGGACAAGGCAUCGAAUCUUAUAUAUGUUGACCAGCCCACCGGAACCGGGUUUAGCUACAGCUCGGACUCAAGGGAUACCCGCCACAACGAAGCAAGCAUUAGCAAUGAUCUAUAUGAUUUCCUGCAGGCUUUUUUCGCUGAGCACCCAAAGUAUGCCAAAAAUGAUUUCUACAUAACUGGGGAAUCAUAUGCUGGGCACUACAUUCCUGCCUUUGCAAGUCGAGUGCACCAGGGAAACAGGAACAAUGAGGGCAUUCACAUUAAUUUGAAGGGUUUUGCAAUUGGCAAUGGACUAACAGAUCCAGCAAUACAAUACAAGGCCUACUCUGAUUACGCCUUGGAUAUGGGGUUAAUUACAAAAUCGCAAUUUAACAGGAUUAAUAAAAUAGUUCCAACUUGUGAAUUUGCUGUCAAGCUUUGUGGUACCUCUGGCACUGUAUCUUGUCUUGCCGCGUACUUCGUUUGCAAUACAAUAUUCAGUUCUAUCAGGACAAUCAUCGGCAGUAAAAACUACUACGACAUCAGGAAGCCAUGUGUUGGAAGCCUGUGCUAUGAUUUCUCUAAUUUGGAGAAAUUUCUCAAUCUGAAAUCUGUCAGAGAGAGCUUAGGAGUUGGAGACAUAGAGUUUGUUUCAUGCAGCCCUACUGUCUAUGAGGCCAUGCUAUUAGAUUGGAUGAGGAACCUUGAAGUUGGAAUCCCUGAACUCCUUGAGAAUGACAUCAAAGUGUUGAUUUAUGCUGGAGAGUAUGACCUCAUAUGCAACUGGCUUGGGAACUCGAGAUGGGUAAACUCCAUGGAAUGGUCUGGAAAGGAAGCUUUUGUCUCCUCGUCUGAGAAGCCCUUCACAGUUGAUGGAAAAGAAGCUGGGGUUCUUAAAAGCCAUGGUCCUUUGAGUUUCUUGAAGGUUCAUGAUGCUGGUCACAUGGUACCGAUGGAUCAGCCUAAGGCUGCUUUGGAGAUGCUGAAGAGAUGGACUUCCGGAAACCUUUCGAACCCAUCUUCAACCUUUCAGAAGCUUGAUUUUACAAUGUAACCGACACGCUGUUUCUCCUAUGACAAAGUGGUGUGUAACUUAGUGCUGUUUCGGGGAACGAAGUCCUGCACUCAUCUCCUCAGACUACUGAGUAAUUUACCGUGUACUUCAGGGUGAUCUUAGGUGAUGAAAAGCUCGUCGCGACCGUACAAAUGUUAUUUGCCUUGUACGGUACUAGUGCUGGUGACAUGUGGUGUUACGACCUCGAUCAGCAUGUAAUAAAGCUUUCAAAGAAUUGCUGUGCCGGACAAGUUUUAAGAACUAACGUUUCAAGUA